AUGGCUCAGAAGCGGCCCCGGAUUCGUUGGUUCGGAGUCAGCUUGUCGCGCCGACAGACGGAGGCGUCCCGUCUCGCGUUGUCGUACGCACGGCAGUCGGGAGCACGCACCGCAGUCGCAAUCCGUGGCGCGGAUCUGAGUCCUGAGCUGAGAAGCGGCCGGUUCCGCCUUCGAGACGGUGGCUGCGCUUGGCUUGAUGGCUGGACGCACCAUGCUACCCCAACGCCCUGUCACUCAGCUCUACCAUCUCGACCGCAAGCACGGCCGGACCGCUGCAGCCGUCGUCCACCCAAGUGCCACCACCCCGGUCUCUGCCGCCGCCGCCGCCGCCUGCGCCUACGCCGCAUCUGCCAAGGACACAAAGGACACAGGUCCCGAAACAGGUCCAGGACUUUGCUCGGCCUGGCUGGCCCCGGUCCCGGCUGUCAAGAACGGCGGAUCUCGCAACAGAAGCAAGUAGGCGUUCACUUGGCCGCCGUCGUCAGCGUCUGCCUAAUGGUCAUCGACCACACCGUGCCACCUCUUCCCGUCGGCAAGCACCGCCCUCGCUGCUCGAUGGGCCGCACUUGCCCACCUCAACGUCGCACAUCUUCAUCCCCUGCAGCCGACGCGGGACCAGACUCCUUCGUGCGUCGGGCAGGCGGUGAGACGAGCUGCUACAUUCCGUCCAGACCGAUCGUGUUAAGAGGCGACGAUGUCCAUUCGCGCCCCUGGCCGCAAGCCUCGCAGUGGUACCGGGACCGGUCCACCUAUCCUCCGGACAUCGACUAG